UCACCAAACUCUCAUCUCAAUUCCCUUUCUGUUCAAAAUGGAAUCAUCAAAAUCUCCCCUUCAAUUCCAAAAAGGCAUUGCAUAUGAUCUCGAAAACGCAACAGCCACACUAUCACUUUUACUACAGCCUAUGGGUUACGACCUGUUCGAACAACCAGAUCUGUGGACGGAUGUUCCUGACUUAGAGGUUCCUCCUAUAGACAGUUUUCUACCGGAACUCUCUGAAGACGAUGAGGAAGACUACUACCAAUAUAUACCUGAAGAAAAUGAAUGUUGUAUCUGUGCCCUGUUGGAACCUGGUGUCUACUGUUUGACGCAUUCUCAGUCACCAACGGAUUUCCAACUGGAUGUGGUUCCCAUCGACGUUUUUGACUGCGAGGAUCCUCUGCUUGCUGAUCGCCCUUUUGCUGAUGACCUUAAUAUCUCCUUUCUCUCCAAUUCUGACCUCCUUGAAUUUUAAAAGAUACCACCCACGCUCUCGUUUUUUGUGUACAGUAUAUAAAAUCAUAACACUGCCCCCUUUUUGUUCAUAUUCCCCCCUUUCUUUCACAUCCUGUAAUCUUUCAUCAUCCAACCUUCAGACCACAUCAUCUCAUUUACCCCACCCACACACAUUGUUAAAUAUAGAUAUAAUUUGCAGAAAAUGAAGAAAUUUGCGCUCAUGCCAUAAAAGUUUAAGCUCCGCAUCAAAUGGUUUGGACUCUGCAAAAUGAAAUGUGUUUGUCUUCCUCUGUAAAUAAUCUCAUGAAUUAUUGUUGUUGGCGAACUACCGUCUUUCACGCUGAUUUGUGAAAAUAAAUCACUCUGCCCCUUUGU